CGUCGGUCACACUAAACAACUGAACAGCUGAUGGCUGGCAUUUGGAUUAAAAAUAAACAUAAUUGAUUUUCUGCCCCGCUAGUAUACGUAAACGCGUAGGCGGUCUCACCUGGUUGUGCUCCGGAUUCACCAACAUUCAACGAUGGGCUCCGACGACCAGAGCGCCGGCGACAGGAUCCAGAAGGGGUUCCAGAUCAACUACAUGAUCCUGCGGGACGCCGACAGCGGCAAGGUGAUAUGGCAGGAGAACAAGGACUUCUCGGCACCGGAUCUGGAGCACGAGGCGCGUGUGCCGGUAAAGAUACUGGACAUGAGGGCGGUGUCGCGUGAGAUCAACUUCAGCACCAUCGAGCCGAUGGAGAACUUCCGGCUCGACCAGAAGGUACUGUUCAAGGGACGCAUCAUGGAGGAGUGGUUCUUCGAGAUGGGCUUCGUGGGCGCCAACACAACCAACACCUGGCAGUCGACCAUUGAGGCGGCGCCCGAAUCCCAGAUGAUGCCCGCCAAGGUCUUGAACGGCAAUGUGACGAUCCAAACCAGUUUCUACGACAACGAGACACUCAUCACCAAAUCGGUUGUGCGCCUGUACUACAUUUAAGCGAUGGUGUUGACUGUGAAUCACCCGGCCAGCUGUUCCCAUCCCCGCUUGGGGUUCUCGAUCUUCAGCAGAUGUUCUCUCUCCAAAAAACAUUUACUUCGCUUUAGAAUACUUCUGCAUUUGAAUGCAAUUGUUUGUGCGUUUAUGAACUAGUUGUAGUCUAUAAUGCAUUUUAAUCUAAUUUUACGUGAUGCCUACUACAUACUAUAUUUAUUUAUUAAUAAAGAAUUAACGAAUGUAACACACGCAACUACCAAGGAGUGAAAGCGCUCGAAAACAGCAUGCUAACGUACAAAUCUAUCUAUAUAUCUCCUGACUAAAAGCUUAUAUCUGUCAAAAAGUUGGACUAAAAAUAGCGCAGAAUAAUGCAAUCUUUGCAAUCCGUUCAGAGAAAAUGUGUAUCUAUAGAUCUCUAGCUGUCGCUCCUAAGAAAAUAAUAAAUUUACUAAAAAUACAAAUAAUCAUUUAAGCAAACUGCAAGAUGUAUGAACCAGUUAAGAAAAUGUUUAGCUACAACUGCGAGUACCAUUUAAAAGUCUACUGAAAUCUGUCAAAGUUGUAUUAGAUAUGGCUUUAUGCAAAUAUAUAAGAUGUUUGAAAGAAUUGCAA